AUGGCCACUCCCACUCACACUCAUGCGGCGGUGGUGACGGUCGGCCAGGGACUGCCGUUGGAAGUCCACCAACUCCCCACCCCCGUCCCAACCGCGGACCAAGUUCGAAUCAGGAACGAAUGGACGGCGUCGACUCCUCUCGAUCUCCACCAGGCCGAUGGAGGGCUCCUCGUCAAGCAUCCCCAAGUGCUCGGUGACACCGUGGUCGGCGAGGUCGUGCAGGUCGGCCCACAAGUGUCCAAGCUCAAGGUUGGCGACAAGGUGUUUGGGUUCAGCUGGCGAACUCAGGCCGAGAAAGGACAGCAGGAGUUUGUCGUCGCCUCGGAAUACCUGUUUGGAAAGCUCCCCAAGGGCAUCUCGCCGCAAGCCGCUGCGACGGUGCCAAACAACUUUGUGACUGCCUGGCACACCUUCACCACCGAAUUUGGCUUGGAACUGCCGUGGCCGAAACCGGAAAGCUAUGUGCCCAAGGAAAAAGACGCGUGGAUUCUGAUCUGGGGCGGCGGUUCCAGCGUGGGCCAGUAUGCACUGCAGAUCUUGAAAUGGUACGGAUACGCGAACGUGGUCGUGACUGCGAGCAAGAAACAUCACCAAAGACUGCAGGCCUACGGUGCAGCGAAAUCCUUCGACUACAGAGACAGAGCCGGCAAUGUCGAGCAGCAAAUCUUGGACUUUGUCGCUGCUCAGGCACCCACGGCCCGCAUCGCCUAUAUCUUGGAUUGCAUAGGGAGUCUGGAAGGCAGCGUCAGACCCGUGGCGCGCAUUGCCAGAGCGGGAGCUAAGGUUGCUGUCAUGUUGCCGGUUAUCGUCAAAGAUGCCGCCGACGGUGUCAAGCCAGAAUACGACAUGGAUGUCAAGGCGGUGGCAGAUUGGGCCGACGGCGUGCAGGCGGUGGGCGUCCGCACUCACUUCUACCUGGAAAACAAGUUUCUGGCCGACCGACUGCAAUCGGAGAUCAUGCCGACGCUGUUGGCCAACCGAGUUGUCGAGCCGAACGACCAGGUGAUUGUUGAAGGCCGCACUCUGCUGGAACGCGCGGAGAAGGCCUUGUCGAUGUUGAGACGGAAGGAAGUCAGUGGAGCUCGAUUGGUAUGGCGAGUGUCGGAGCAGCAAGGGGCUUGA